AUGGAAAAAACCCAUCUCGGCAAGGUAUUGCUCGCCGUUAAGGAGCGCGUACAACAAUCAACUGCCUUCGAAAAGAUCCCACAUCUAUCAAUGUCCAUAUGGGGAAAAGCAGCCGGAUUACGGAGCCGAAUUGGCAAUGGGAGGAAAAACCCGUAUGUACCAAAUCUGCCUGUGGUAGGAUGGCUGAGCCCAAGAGCACUAGUUACAAUGCCUGCCUAUUACAAAUUAUUAUUAUUUAGGGUUUCAUCAGUCCGAUGUUUAGUUAAUGUCAGGCCGAGAGGUUUAGAUAACAAACAUAUAUAUAUCCUUUAA